UGAUCUGGCAACAGUGUGAGUCAGCCGUCUUGUGAAUCAGCUGACCGUGGUAAACAAUCGCCCUCACCCACGCACACAUACACACGUUUUUGAGGCCCAGUAUUACGACGAGGGUAUUAUUAUCACCUUAAGGAGGACCAUCAUGGCUUCAGGAGGUUACUAUGGCAGCAGCAAGGGUGGCAUUGGUAUGCUCAACAACCACAUGGAUGACGACGCGAGGAUGACAGCGGAGUUCCUCAACACCUCGAGCAGCACAUUCCUUGCCUCGGACAGGCUCCAGCCUGGCCCAGAGAAGCAGGCGGCCGAUGAGGUGGAGGUGCGGCGCCAGGAAAUACUCCGACAAAUGAGGGAGGUUGAAAAUCGUACACUGCAGUCAACCAAAAACAGCAAAAUAAUGUUGAACGAGAGCGAAAAAGUUGGUCUGGAGACGGCAGAGGAGUUGGUGAAGCAGCGCGAACAGCUCUCCAACACUGAACGCAAGCUGGACAACAUCAUGGGUGACCUCAAGGACACGCAGAAGAAUAUCAACAGCAUCAAGAGUGUGUUCAGCAGCCUUAAGACAUGGUGGAGCACGCCAAAGCAGGACCCACAAAAGGACGCCACUAAAGGGUCCUCCAGCAAGCCCACAAGUCCCACUGAGCCGAGUGUUAGUGGAGACAAAGUCCUGCAAAACCCUAAUCUUGGUUCUGCUUAUGAGAAGAGUCAAACGUCCAUUGCUGUCACCCAGAAGACCUCGAAACACCCUGCACUGCAGCUUAGAGGGUUUGAAGAGGAGGAAGAUGACAACUUGCCCAACCAGGACUUCCGAGAGACUUCCAGGAGGGUGAAUGAACAGCUCGACGCAGACCUCGACGACCUGUCCAGCGGGUUGUCGCGCCUCAAGGGUCUGGCGCAGGGACUGGGCGAGGAGAUCACCGACCAGAACACCCUCCUCGACCGCAUCUCGGAGAAGGCCGAACGCGCCGACACCACCAUAGGCUCGCAGAACACCCAGAUGAAGAAACUCUUGAAGCGGUGAAACUGACCUCAACUAUGGCAAGCUAUGUGGGUAUGUUCGGGGGUGCGGUCACUGUCAGGUACUACUACUAUUGCUGCUAUUACUACUACUAGGGUGUCUAAUAUCGUAAGUGAAGUAAAGUAGAGUAAAAGUGAUCCUAAGUAACGUGUGUGGUAAGUUAUCCAUCACGGCCGUGCUUUGAAGAACACUAAUCUACGUACAGGAAGUAUCGUGCCAUGCCUUCACUACCCCUGUAUGGCAAUUUGUAAUCAUCGACCAUUUAUAUUAAUAAGUAUAUCGGGAAAAAAGAAGGGGGGAAAAAUGAGGUGUAAUAAUGAAACAGUAUUGAAAUAAAGUAAUUACCAUGCUUUUUUUUGUGCUACUGUCAUGUUCUCUCUCCUAUCAGUACGCAUAGCAGGAAGAGGACUGAAAAGAGAAAAGAAAAACUGACGUGUAAUAAUGAAAUAGUGUUGAAAUAGAUAGCUACUGUCAUGUAUUGCUAGGCUAUCUUUGCCCAUAUGCACUCACCGACCAUUCCUAUCGGCACGCAUAUCAGGGAAAACAUGAAAAAAAUUAUGAAAAACUGACGUGUAAUAAUGAAAUAGCGUUGAAACAAAUAGCUACCAACUGCCAUGUAUUGCUAGGCUGUCUUUGCCCAUAUGCACUCAUCGACCAUUCCUAUAGGUACGCAUAGCAGGGAAAACAUGAAAAAAAUUAUGAAAAACUGACGUGUAAUAAUGAAAUAGCGUUGAAACAAAUAGCUACCAACUGCCAUGUAUUGCUAGGCUAUCUUUGCCCAUAUGCACUCAUCGACCAUUCCUAUAGGUAUGCAUAGCAGCGAAAACAUGAAAAAAUUAUGAAAAACUGAUGUGUAAUAAUGAAAUAGCGUUGAAAUAAAUAGCUUCUGUCAUGUA